GACAAAUUUUUCGUCUGUCUAAAUGUAUUUUUUUUUAAUGUGUGUGUAUUGAUGUAAGCAUGAUGAAAACAGCGAUACACGUGUAAAAAGAAGAGGGAAACAACACCUUUAUGAGCAAAGACUUGAUUAUUCAAAUUUCAUGAAACAAAGCACUAUAUUUUUUUUCAAUUCUCUGUGAACGUCCUCGCCUUCUUACUAAAACAUUUAUCACCAGAUCACCAUUAGACACAUGAUAAAAAAACACACAGACACACGCUCCAUUGAUAAUUGGUCAUGUACUGUAUAAUGACUGAUCGCCGGAGGGCGUGAUCGUGCAGCCCGCACCGACAGUCAAUAGCACGCCGUCACCGUCCGCGUGUAGAUUUCACCCAGUCCCCAAUGACUUCAUUCACGGAGAUUACUUCAUCCCUUUAAACCUUACGACAUGUCGGACCUCGUUAAGUACUUCGUUUUCUGGUGGAUGUGUAUAGGCUGCGUUUACGGACAACGCGGCAGUGUCACAGGCCUUCGACAGAAACUACUGGAACGUCUUUUAAUCAACAAUCAGCUACAACAAUUAGUUGGGAAAGGCUUGGGAACAUCAAUGAACUUGGGUGGUGGAUCCUUCGGUACAUCUUCUCUUGCGGGCGGAUUGGGUGGUGGAUCCUUUGGUACAUCUUCUCUUGGGGGCGGAUUGAGUGGUGGAUCCUUCGGUACAUCUUCUCUCGGGGGCGGAUUGAGUGGUGGAUCCUUCGGUACAUCUUCUCUCGGGGGCGGACUGAGUGGUGGAUCCUUCGGUACAUCUUCUCUUGGGGGCGGACUGAGUGGUGGAUUGAUGUCGGGGGUGGGACAGACGGAUCCUGGUCUCAAUCUCCUCCGAUCUAAGAAUCUCCUCGGGCGCGGAUCUCCAACAUCUUCUUUUAACAUGGCAUCGCUGCUGGACAGGAUGGCAGCUCCUAGACCGUCCAUUUCACAACCCAGCAAUACAAAAGUACUGAGCAGAUCAGCGGCGAUUCAGAAUCUUCAACGACGUUUAGAUGCGCUUAGAGGAAACCAGCUACCUGACACACAGGGCUCAUUUAAGAGCGGAAUUGGAUUUCAGACGCCUUCACGAGACAAAGCACUGAACGAUAAAUUAAUCAGACAAGCAAGGAAAGAGACGCCCAAUACUUCCGUGAAAAUAACGGUGAAGAGAACAUCCACGACGUCAGGGAAAGAUAAUGCAAGCACAGGACACACCCAGUCCUUGCUGACAAAAUCAUCUGAUCGGUUUGGAGCUUCAUCUCUGCUUAACAAGGUCCCAAGAUCACCAUCUAUAUUUCAAGCUUCUCCUGUUGUUCGAGCGCAGCCCCCGCCACGACCAUCACCAUCGGCUGUGGCGAAGGCAUUACCAACUGCUAAUAUAGCCAGUGUUAGGGGAGCGACAGUCCUUGGUUCUGCGUCGACCGUUGCUGCAGCAAGCAACAUGCAAAACCAUAUCUCAGACAUGAUGGACACACGGAUGGAUAUGAUGAGUGACAUGGCUGAAGCGGGAAUGUUUGGCGGGGGAAUGAUGGGUGUAGGAGGGUUAAAUACCCUUGGUGGUUUAGGCUCCAUGGGCAUGAUGGGAGGACUUGGAAUGGGUGGAAUGGGGGGCGGACUGAUGGGGGGAGGACUCGGGGGAAUAAUGGGUGGAGGCCUUGGUGGUUUAGGUAUGAUGGCAGCUUUCUCCUGAAAUUGGUGAAAGGGAAACUAAUGGAUUGAAAAAUCGCCGACUCUGAUUAUUAAAGCAAGUCUUUUUUCCUAACUUUACGAUUUCUCACGACGGUUAUAACUGAGCUUUGCAUCCAACAGCUAGGACAAUAUGAAACAUUACAUGGGUACUGCAGUAUGUUAUUGAUAAUUUAAUACAUCCAAUAGACAAAACAAUGUCAGCUUCAUUGUACAUGUUUACAAGUAUGUGAAGUAACACGAAAUGAUUGAAACACUAAACUCUA